AUGUGGCGUGACCGCACCAACCUCUACAUAUCCUACCGCCAGUCCUAUGCACACCACCCGGCGACACGGACACCGAAAUACUAUGGCGGCCUCGCGAGCAGCUCGUCCGCCGCCGCGGGUGGUGACGAGGACCGCCGCGGCCUGCUCUCGGCCGACCCUUUCUACGACCAGGCCGACGACCUGGGCGGCUCGCCGGGGGACGCCGUCAUUGAGAUGGACGUCUUGCCGCCGCGCUGGGCCGACAUCUCCGACGAGGUCGCCGAGAUCCUCGGCGACGUCGCCCGCCAGAGCCAGCUGCUCGACCGGCUGCACCAGAAGCACGUCCUGCCGGGUUUCAACGAGGACGAGGCGGCGAAGCGCGCCGAGGAGAACGAGAUUGAGCGGCUGACGCAGACGAUUACGCGCGCGUUCCACGACUGCCACGGCUGCAUCCAGCGCGUGGACCACAUGGUGCGCGAGUCCAAGAGCCAGGGAACGCUGUCGCGUGCCGACGAGACCAUGGCCAAGAACGUGCAGAUCUCGCUGGCGGCGCGCGUGCAAGAGGCCAGCGCCAAUUUCCGCAAGAAGCAGAGCGCGUAUCUCAAGAAAUUAAAGGGCUUCUCCGGCGCGGACCGGGCAUCGACGCCCGUGGGCGGUGCCAGCACGUCGGGGAGCAACUACGCCGCCGACCCGUCGCUGCUGGAGUCGGACGCCGACCGCUCCUUUUCGCAGUGGGCCCUGCAGCAGUCGACAACGCAGCAAAAGCAAGCACAGUCGAACGACGCCGUUAUUAUGCAGCGGGAGCGCGAGAUUGAAGACAUUGCGCAGGGCAUCAUCGACCUGUCCGACCUGUUCCGUGACUUGCAAAACAUGGUCAUCGACCAGGGCACCAUGCUGGACCGCAUUGACUACAACGUCGAGAACAUGAACACGGACGUCAAAGCGGCCGAGAAGGAGCUGGUUGUGGCCUCGGGCUACCAGAAGAAAACGACCAAGCGCAAGAUUAUAUUGCUAUUGAUUCUGAUUGUGGCCGGCAUGAUCAUCUUGCUCAUUAUCAAGCCCAAGAGGCAUGGCGGCGGUGCAGGAGAGGCAGCACCACCAGCGUCGCCCGAUGUGCCGCCAUUAUUAUAA